AUGGCCAAACGAAAGAGAGACAACAACACCAAGGAAGUUCAAGUCCCUGGGAAGCCUUCGAAAGCUGUCAAAGCGACCACAGUUCAAGAGCCCGCCUCAUUUGAUACGGACAAGCCUGCGGUGACCUUGCAGAUAGUCACUGGCUCCUAUGAACGUGUGUUGCAUGGCUUUACCGCAGCAGUUUUUCCAGCGUCUUUCGCAUCUUCAGAUAAUGAGGGAGCCAAAGAUAGCAAGUUUUUGGCCCAAUUUGUCGACACAUUCUUGUUCGAGGCCCAUGCCUCCGCAAUCCGAUGCCUUGCCUUGUCACCAGUGCCAAAGAAAGAUUCCACCGAGCCAGCCAAGGUCAUUUUAGCCAGUGGUGGCACGGAUGAGCGAAUCAACCUUUACUCCAUCUCCGCAGCUCCUCCAGCGGUGAACGAGCAUUAUCCAACAGUUCCGACUCUUGCUGGUAACAAGAUCCUCGAGAACCCAAAGAACCGGGAGCUCGGUUCGCUUUUACACCACAGUGCUUAUAUCACUGCACUACACUUUCCGUCGCGCUCGAAGCUCCUGGCUGCUGCCGAGGACAAUGCCAUCUCCGUCACGAAAACUCGCGACUUUACCGUUGUCUCUACGAUCAAGGCGCCUCGUCCGAAAGUUCAAGGAAGACCUAGUGGUGAUACCGCACCUCCCGGAGCUGCGCCCUCAGGCGUCAAUGACUUUGCGGUGCAUCCUAGCAUGAAGCUUAUGCUCACUGUAGGCAAAGGAGAAAGGUGCAUGAGGCUUUGGAAUCUGGUCACUGGAAAGAAGGCCGGGGUGUUGAACUUUGGCAAGGAGGUUCUCCAGAGCGUUAAGGAAGCUCGAUGGAGCACUGGUGAGGGCCGGAAGAUUGAGUGGAAUACGAAAGGCGAUGAAUUUGCCGUCGCAUUUGAAUGGGGAUGCGUCGUCUUUGGAAUUGAUUCGACUCCUAUUUGCCGAUUGCUACCAAGUCCUCGAAGCAAAGUACAUCAAAUGAAGUACGUUGCGCUCGACCCUGCUGCGGAAGACAGCGAGGAACUACUUGCUAUCUCGACGGAGGACGGUAGGGUUGUGUUCUACUCCACCAAGAAGUUACGGACAGCUGCAGAUGACGAUGAGUCUCCGAUCCCUUACGCCGAGGCUGUUGCUCAAAUUGGCGGCAGAGCAGCUGGGUUUCCAGGCAGAGUUAAAGACUUCGAGAUUCUGAACGUCGGACAAGAGGCCGGGGCAAAGAAGGGCGAUCUUCUUGUGGUAACCGCAAACAGUGAGGGCGUGGUGCGCGUAUGGAUGCUGCGCACCAAAGACCUUGCCCCUAACACGAAGGAGACCACAAAGGCUACGGACGAGAAGAGCAAGGAACCAGAGAACUUGCAGGCGGGUAAGCUUCUGAAUGUCUACGAGACCGGGAACCGGAUCACUUGCCUCAAGGCAUUCGUGAUGUUGCCAUCGGAGGAUCCCUCAACACUCGAUGAUAGUGAUGAUUUAUCUGACGAGGAGGAGGAGGAAGAGGAAGAAGAUGAUGAAUCUAGUGAAGGAAGUGAUGAAGAAUGA